GCCAUAAUAAUAAUAUAUCUGUGGAUGAGCUUGGACCUGUAUAAAUCGGCAGUUUCAUGGUAAAGAUGCUAAUAUCAGCAUUUUUACUCACUGUGGUUCUCAUGAAGGAAAAACCUACAUAAUUAAAUAACUCUUCCAUUUUCAUUAAAUUAAUUUCUAAAACUUAAUCAGAACAACAAACCAAAAAUAGGGAAGUAAACACAAAAUACCCCAGAACAUAAUGUAAAGUAAAUGAUUUACAAAAUGUUAACUAGUCAGCAGGCCAUUUCCAGCUGCUGGCCACUAAAUCAUAAAUAAGACACUCUUAAAUAAGAUCAUAUUUUUGUGAGGAUAAUUUUAAACAAAUAAUGAAUUUAAAUUGCCCAAAACCUUAAUUGAGACCUAACUGAAUGAAAGGAAAAAACAAAAUUUCAAUUACAAAGCUUUGUAGUCAUCUUUACAGAUCUCUUUUUAUGUACUUCUGAAAUUCAUUGUAAUUAUUUCCUUGUUUCAGUUCAACUGAGUCAUGGAUCCUGAUGAUUCAAACCAUCUCCCAUCUGUGGAAAAAGAUAAAAGCUCUGGCUCUAAAAAAAAUGCCAAGCCAUCAACACAGAGACAGAAAAAUAACAAUGAUGGUGGAUUGCGAAUAAGACCCUCAACAACCUUAUCAUCACAACAGAAUGAUAAUUAUGAGAAUCAGCCUAAUAGUAGUCAAGAUAUAAAUAGAGAACAAUCACAACCUGAUGAACAGUCCAGCAGUUCUUCAAGGCUGUUUCGGACUAAUAUUUCACAUUCAAACAAUGCUCCAGUAAGAACACAAAAUGCUGUAAGCAAUGGUGGUGGCCACAACAUUGUGAGGCCCUUAAAGAAUGAUGCUGUGCAAGAAGGUAGCAGUUUUCAGACUUAUUCACAUAGUAGACCUUUCCAGUCAAAUUCAAGAGGAGGGGUAAGAGCAAGACAUAGACAAACUGCGGGCACUGCUGAAGGGGAAAUGCACAAUGGAAAUCUGACAACAAGGAAAAAUACUUCACCAACUAGACAAACUGGCCACAUGCGGUCUGAUAAACAUCAUUCACCAAGGAGGAACAGGUCGAGCCCUACGUCUGUUCCGCACUUACCGAAUCUAAGGUUCAACAGUCCACGUGACCCUUCUCCGCAUCCUAACAGUAGCUCACCCCCUCUGGAUGUAAUGGGCUCUCCAGAAUCACCUUUACCGCCUAUGUUUUCUCACAUCCGCCCUGGGCUCUACUCUCCUCAUAACCCAUUUAUGAUUGGUUUGGGGACAGAAGAUAAUCCCUAUGAAAUAUCCUCAGGUUUGUGAGUCUGUUCUUUUCAUUACAUUUACUUAGUUAGAUUAUACAGGGACUUGUGACUUUCAUCUUUUACAUUUUUUGAAAACUGAAGGACAUUUAAAUAUACAUUGUAAAGGUUUAUGUAUGUGUGUUUAUUCAGUAUAAAAAACCAACACCAUAGAGCAGGCCUGCACAACUCAAAAUGUAAGGUGCACCGUAAUAUUUUAUUAAAUACUUUUAAUGGCCGUAAUAAUUUAUGAAAAACUUUUGCGGGCCGUAAUACUUUAUGACAAACCUGUGCGGGCCGUUAUAUUUAAUGAAAAUCUUGUUGCGGGCCAAAAGAAAAUAGGACAGUGGGGAAAAACUAUAACAAAAAUAAUAGUAAAAAAAGAAUAUUUCUUUACUUCACGGGCCGCAAAGUGGGUAAAGGCUGCCUUAGAGCAGUGUUAUUCCACCGGGGUUCCGCGGAACCUAAGGGUUUUGUGAGUGCCAGCCAGAUCUUCUGCAGGUGGCCAGUAAAAAUAUAAAAGUAACUUCCAAAACUGCUAGGGACCAAGUUUGGUGUUUCUUGCACUGUGCUGUAAUUAUUAGUUUUUAUUCCACUUAAUUACUGUUUCCGUUAUUUUAAUGAGGGCUUAGCAUUUGAAUUAAUUUUCAUAACACAAUUGGUUUUUCAUGAGCAUGGACCAAUUUAUUAAGUAGAGAAAAUAAGACAAUGUAACAGCUGAUGACCAAACUAAAUUCAGGAGCAGUGGACUGAAGCUACAAGCUCGUACCACGUCAUGUGAGCCAACAUGCCAAAAAAUUUACGCUUUCGAUGGGUUGCUUAAAUUUCAUCAGUACAGUGAAAAAUUACUUAGCUAUGGGAUUCACUCGGGCUGGAGACCCGUUUGGAAUAGAAUAAACCAUUGUGUCACUGCAUGGCAUUCAGGAACGCUCCAAAGGGUUCCACUCCAAUGAAAAGGUUCCCGAUCCCUGCCUUACAGGAAUCAACAUCAAACGUGGCAUGAUCAUAACUCAAAACCCAGGUAUAGUUUAGUUUAAAAAAUGUUUAAAAAGCCUUCACCAUAACAUCUGAAAGUUAAAAAAAAAUUAAUAGCUAGAACGUUAAAAUAGGAAAUUUCUCCUGCGCUAUAAAAUUGCCAUGAAUGUCGCAGCUACUUAUUUUAUUCUAUCACAAAUUAGUGCAGGCAUGUUGGUUUCAGUGCAUUUCUUUUCUUUAAAUGGUGUACUGUAAAAUAACAUCUAUAAGAAAGUUUAAGCUAUUGAUUUAAUUUUUACUAUCGCCAAUAUAAAGCAUUUGAUAUCAAUAUUUCUUUAAUUAAAAGGUUGAUUUUUUUUUUCUGGGUUGUAAUUGUUGAAAACAUAGGUGUGUCUAAAUAUUUCAUUUGUGUGACUCCAUGUGUUGCCUUGUAGGAAAAUAAGAAACUAUAAAAAUUGGAUUAACCAGUAUGUAUAAUGCACAUUGUUCUUUGCUAAGCAUACUAUUUUUAUUAAAACAUACUUUUGCAUGAGAAGAUUGUGUUUGGGGUCUCAGGGAAGGUUCAUUAAUGUUGGGGUGAGGUUGUAAAAAAAAAUAAAGGUGAGGGACUUGGGACUGUUACAUGACAGUGAAGGAUGAAAAAUAUUUUGGGGCUAAGGGUGAAAGAUUUUAGUAUGGGGGUGAGGAAGGGAUGGUAGGGUAUGACGGGGUUGGUGGUAUUGGGGGUGAGGAAUGGAUGGUAGGGUAUGAAGUGGGUGGCGGUGUGGUGGGUGAGGAAUAGAUGGUAGGGCAUGAAGUAUGAUGGUAGGGGAAAAGUUAAGAAAUAAGUUCAGCGCUCCAAAAAGAACAUCACAAUAUGUGUAGCUUUAUAUCCUUUGCAUUAUUACACUGCUAACACCUGAUGAAUUUUCUAUCUUCUAAGAAUGUUUGUAAGUAAAAAGUCAACUUAAUCUUUGUAUAAAAAAAAUUGUACCAUUUUAUUUGUAUUGAUUAUGUUCGGUAUUAUGUAAUAAAAAAAUAUUUCCAUUUAUUUGGAUCGAUAAAAGAAUCUUAUCUCAUCUUACCUUUGGUGAACAACAUGUCAAACAUUUGGGAAGGCUGCCUUGCUGUGCUGACAAAAUCUAUUCCCCCCUCCCCCCCCUCCUGUCUUUAGUUCCACCAUUGUUCCCUGUGUUGUGGAUGAGCUUAUAUCACAUCAUACAUUCACUGAACUGUGGUAACCUAAAGAAAGUUAGGUAGAGCUUGUAGAGUGACUGACUUGCAUAGAGGCUUGUUUUAUUGAGAGAAGAAGAUUCUCUCAUCAGCUGUGUCUUGGGUUCAAGAGAGGAUUUUUGUUUCUGAUCAGCUGAGUCUUGUGUUCAAGUCUAUUGAUGAAAAACUUUCUGAGAUUAAAAUUACUAUGGCCGGCCAUUGUCAUUGCCAUUGUAAUCAUCACUGCAGACAUGGUAAUUGUGAAUGUAAUUCUUUAAGAAAGUUUCAGAAUCACUGGCUUUGUAUUAAAUAUGCGAUAUGAGGAUACAACAAUAUUAAAUUGCAUUUAAAUGCGCCAUAUCAAUGGCAUUUUAUAACUAUCUGUGUUAAUGUCUCUUUCAAGCCAUUGUUUUGAUCAAGCCUAGGUACUUAGACAUAUGUGGUAAAUCAAAUAAAAAUCUAGGAGUAUGUCUAACAUGUUAAAAACAAUUAGUUACGGGUAUGCCUUAAUUGAAAAGAAAUCUCUCCAUUUAUUUUUUUUUCAACAUCUACUUUAAAAAAAAAACAGAUGCUAAUAUUUAAUGUAAUUAAUUUUAUACAAGUACUUGAUAAGUAGCCAAAGGUCUACACCACUUCCUUUCAUCUCAAUUGUAUGAUUGUUCUAACAUCAGGUCCAUCUGACAGCACUGGCUUGUUGUCUGAUGAAGAGAUUGCUCGACAGUUGCAGGAGGAAGAGUGGGACGCUGCUGGCAGCUUCUGCCAGACCUCUGGCGGACUCCGCAGCCGGAGAAACCUACCCUCACUAAGAAGAGUAAGUCUCUUGCCACCGUCAUUUUAGUCUUGUCCGUCCCAAAUUUGAAAGCUCGUGAUUUUUGUGUCAUUGUUAACAGUCGCCAUUUUUAAACAUGAACCUUUUUAUAAAUUAUAACCGUUAUGUUGGUUGGUUGUUCGUUAUUUUUUUUUUUUUAUGCUUGGUAUUGCACAUAUUGAUGCCGAGGUGGCUGAAAUUUGGGAGACACAAAAAUAACCUUGACAGCAACACUUUGUUUCUUGCGUGCAAAUUUUCAUCCGUCUUUUAAUGUUGAGUCCUUAUCUAUUUUUUUAAUUCCCCACACAGCCAAGGAGCCAUGCAGGAGGAUACAUGCAUAUGGGCUCAGGAGAACCCAUCCCCUCUGGCUCAAGAUUAGUUGAGGCAUUGGACUUUGAUAGUGAGCCGAUAAGUGUGAGUUUUGAAUAUAGAAAUUCAACUUUUUACAUUUGAACGCAGACUCGCUUUGAGCCAUCAGUUAGUCAUCAUGUUUUAAGCCGGCUGCCUUUGGAUCUACUGUCUGCCAAGAGUUGGGACAAAUCUUACAAAUCAUGUUGAUCCUACAAGCCCUUAAAGGUUUCAUUUUAUUUUUAAAGCAACUGCCAGAAGGUGUUGCUCAAUAAUGCAAUCAUUGACCCAUUCUGAUUGGUCAGAAUAGAUCUCAACUGUUAACUCAUGUUCUAUGGCAUACAGCAGCUAGAGGGCUUUUUGCUUUCUUGGGCAAUGGUUAUAUUCUUACCAUCAGUAACAGAACUUUAAAAAAAUAAAAAAUAAUAAUAGUUUCAGACCCACAAUGGCAGGAAAUGACAGUAACCAAGAUCCUAGGUUGCUUAACGCAGAAAAUGAUCGUAACUUAGGCCCUGGUUAACCAAUACCAGGAAAUAACAGUGGCAAAGCCCUAAUUGACCAAUAGCAGGACAUGACAGUGGCUAGGCCCUAGUUAGCCAAUACAAAGAAAUGACAGUCCUGAGGCCCUAGUUGGCCUGUACCAGUGACCAGUAAAUGACAGUAACCAAGGCCCAGGUUUUUUGCAGGGUUCAUUUAUCAACCCAAAAUUUUCUAAUUUUGAUAUAUUUAGUGACGUUGUUUAAAAAAUGAAUUAGUACAAAAUAUAAUUUAUCUAGAUACUUACAACUACUGUCAUAGUCGUGAACAUUAAAGUAAUUCACUUUGUGGUGCUCCAAGUUUUGUCUUCAUCUUCAGUGUUUUCUAUUCACAGUCCCGGCGUGUACGGACCAACAGAAGCGUUAGGCCAACCCGUUCCCAGUCCCGUUUCUUGUCUACUUACCCUCACCUAGACAUGUUUGACCCACUUCAUGUCCUGCAGACAACAUUGCGGGAUUCUCAUGAUGAAAUGACACGUAAGACCAGGCUAUAGUGGGGUCAGAUGAAUUUUUUUGUUUAAAGUAAGGCUCCCCGUUAAAAGAUACAGUGUAGAGAGUGACUAAAAAACAUUUAACCCCCCACACGGCCAUAUCUGGCCAGUAUUUAGUCAACGCUGUUACUGCCAGAUCAGGCCACUUGACUCGCAGUUAACAUGUUGCUACAUAAAAAAACAGAAAUCUCGCCAUUUCAAUGAAAAUCUCGUGAUAAAUGAGACUAAGUGAGAUUACUUACUUUUUUUUAUUACCUUUAUUUCGAUUGGGCAAGGAGUAUUCUAUAGUUUAAUAGCAGAUGUAUUAUUUUUUCUUUGGGAAAAACCGGGUUGACAUUUUUACCUGGCACUGAAUCUUAUUUUUUUUAAAGAAAUAUUUGCUAAAUCGGGGUACUAAUUAUUCGUUAUAUACAUUAUUCUGGAUUUUUCUUGUAUUACUUUUACUAUAGCUUAAAAUAUGAACAUGAAGACUGACGCAUCAAAUCUGUUUCACCAGUAAAUUAUUUAUUCUUGUCCUUUCUGUUAAUUUAAUUAAUUGCAUUUAUGGUGUUAGGGUUAGGGUCAUGGCAAGGGGGACAUUUUCAAUGAUAAUUUCAUGCCAAGGGGGACAUUUUCAGUGUUAAUUUCAUGGCAAGGCUGACAUUUUCAGUGUCAGUAUUUUCUGUUUUUGUUUUCUUGUCAAUGUCAUCCUUCAGAUGAUACAGUACACUUUCAGAAAGGCCAAAUUUCAUAAUAGACAGCAUGAAUAUAUAUAUUGGUGAUAUCAGAUUUAUUCUCUCAUGGAAUUGUUCAGGCACCUUCAUCAGACUCAGUGCCCUUUACAGCCACUUAACUUAGGAGUGAAAAUAAUAGCUUAAGAAACCCUUUCCCUCCGUCGAGAGACCAAAUUCCAACAGCUACCCGCCAUCUACUCCUUUCCCCUUCCAGAAACAUGUCUUGGCUGGAACUAUGCACCGUUUCAACCCAUGUUUGCGAUCAAGAUGCUGGAUUUUCAGUACUGUUAGUUUUGGCCCCAUCUGUAUAAGUUGUGAAAUUUUGAUCUGGAAAACAAAAGAAAAAGUGUGUGGGUUGAGGGGGGGGGGGAUGUUAAAUCAGCCAUAACUGAUGAGAAUAAACAGCAACAGGCAUGCAUAUAAAAUACCCACACUUUGAACCUUAAUUAAUAUAAUACACUGAAUUGUACAUUUUUAAAAAAAAUCACAUUUUUUUUAGUAAUAUCUUGUAAUACUGUAUGUAACAAAUAUUAUAUAAUUGCAUGUAUAUUUUUUUCAGCAUUUAUCUAUGAUUUAUUUCACCAUUAUGGCAUUCCUGACUUUGAAAUCCAGGUAAGUCUCUUCCCCCAUUCACAGUGACUUUUAAAAGUGUACCUGUUUUCAUUAUUUUUGAAAAUAUAGUUGGGGAGGGGGGGGGUGUUUUGACCAAAUAUGAGAAUAUUGAUGGUCUCUAUAAUAAAAGAGGAAAACCAGAGUAGUGCUGAAGUCCAAUACCUGUUUUCAUUAUUUUUGAAAAUAUAGUUGGGGGGGGGGGGGGUGUUUUGACCAAAUAUGAGAAUAUUGAUGGUCUCUAUAAUAAAAGAGGAAAACCAGAGUAGUGCUGAAGUCCAAAACCUGUGUAGUGCAUACAACAUUUUGCACUCAUAUUUUUUAAAUUUUAAUCCUAAUUCUGACCGCAGGAAAGCCAAUUUAAAAAUUAUUGCAAAUGCUUGACUUGAAGUAUGUCAUCUUUUAAAUCUCAAUGUUAAUCACGUAGCUGAUCUAACUAAGAUCAUUUGUAAAAUAUAUCUUAUUUUUAAUUUUAAAAUAUAUAUUUUCAAACACUUUUCUUGUGUAGGGAACUUUUUGCGAACCCUAUAAAAAAUAUGGUAUGUCCAGUCCAUUGUAAUAGAUUUUCAGAGCAAUUGACAUACAUUUUUAUUGGCAGACAUGGUUGAAUCCUGGUGCAGUAGGUGACCCAGUUUUCGGGGAUUACGAGGUAAAUCAUAUGACUAGUUUUGAUUUUUGUUUUCUGAUUUUUAUUGGAAUCCCACCAUUUCUCUUAUACCAGCCGUCUAGCUAGGUUUUUCAUAACCAUUACUUUCAUAACAGAACAACCGUCUAGCUAGAUCUAUGGUAAUCAUUACUUUCAUAACAACCAUCUAGCUAGAUCUUUGAUAACCAUUACUUUCAUAACAGAACAACCGUCUAGCUAGAUCUAUGGUAAUCAUUACUUUCAUAAAACCAUCUAGCUAGAUCUUUGAUAACCAUUAUUUUCAUAACAGAACAACCGUCUAGCUAGAUCUAUGGUAAUCAUUACUUUCAUAAAACCAUCUAGCUAGAUCUUUGAUAACCAUUACUUUCAUGGCAGCCGACUACCUAGAUCUUCGAUAUAAAAAAAAAAGAUAAUUGAUCUUCAUUGACUAUGUAAUCUCAACAAAUUUCCAACUUGUGCUCAAUAUAAACUUUGUCAUAAUGUGGGUCAAAUCAUUAAAGUCUUUAAAUCAAUGGCCAAUGAUGUGCUACUUCACACACCACCAAGGGCUGCUUUAGUUGUGUUUCUCAAUGUUGUGUCCAUUGAAGUGUUUCUGUCUCACCCGUGGUGCCUCAACUUUCGUGGUGUUCAUCUUUCAGUUCUUCUCUUCUCACUCACAACACUCUUUAUUUUUAUAAUGUUCAGUGACAAACAUUAGCACAUAGUAGGUAUUGAAAAAAAAUUUCUUCCAAUUUUCUAGAGAUUGAGUGAAGUGUUUGGAGAUUUUCCAUGUUUUAUGGUUGGCUCCCAGACAGUUGUACCAUCAUUCAAUUUCUUUUCAGUCACUUCUAGCUUUGGCCGAGAGAUUGGGGGAGGUGAGCCGUGGAUUGUCCGACUCUGAAAUCAGCCAGCUGCCCACCAGUAAGCACCAGGGCCAAACGCCCGGAGGGGCUUCGGCCAUGCCCGAUGAUCUACCUCAAUGCAACAUCUGCCUCACGGACUAUGAGCAUGGAGACAGGAUGAGGAACUUGCCUUGCAAACAUGAUUUCCAUAAAGAUUGUGUGGACCAGUGGCUUAAGGUUGGUGUUUGUUGGAACAUUAACUCUGUAUUUUAAUCAAAGUCUUGAAACCAGCCAAUGUUUUGCACUGUUUGACUAAUCCUCUGAAAAAAUUUGUCAGAAAUUCCAUUUGACUUUGACUAUAAAUUUUUUUAAAUUUCAGUCCAAUAAUGUUUGUUUGUCUCAUUCGUUCCAGACAAAUGCAACCUGCCCAAUUUGCAGAGCAGAGGUUAAAAAAAAAAGAUCAUGACCAAAGUCAACUUUGAGAUUGUCCACUGCAUCCGAUCUCACUCAGGAGGGAUAAGGUCACUGCAUCCGAUUUCACCGAGGAAGGAUGAUGUGGAAGUAGCAAAUAGGGUGAAAAAAAAAUCUCAAAACGAAGUGAACAUUAUGAAAUAGUGUGUGACCAAUGAAUAGAACAACUAUAUGUCUGUGUAUUUUCACUAACUGGAACAAAUUGUACCAUACCUGGCUAUACCAAGAUACAAUACGUGUAUGUUUUUUCAAUGACAUGAGGACUGAGAGUUUCUUGUGAGCAUGACAGAGCCAGCUAUUUUUAAGUGACCUAUAUAUAUUAAGUUUGUGUUAAAUGACAGAUUAGCACUGUAACGCUAGAACUGGGGCUACCUAUGUUUAAAUGGCUUGUUAAGAAUAUUAUUCCCCAGUGUUAUGUAAACUUUUUUUUUGUCAGUACCGUAAAUAUUUUCAGUCAGUUCCUUUUAGCCCAUAUACCUUUCAAUUUCAAUAUUCACUGCAAUAAUGCAUUAAAUGGGAUGAUAUUUGUUUGUUUGACAGCCAACUCCUACAAAAACAUGUGACGACAUGGUUGUUUUCGUGACAGUCAACCCACACGAAUCAUGUUUUGUUUGUUUUAUGACAGCCAACCCCUCCCAAAAACAUGUGAUGUUUUGGUUAUUUUCGUUACAGCCAACCCCUUAGUUACCUCUACAUUUCGUACACUGGUUCCUGUUCUUUCUUGACCAGUUUUCAACAGUUUGCCAAACAGUUAAACAGACUGGAUUUAAUCGCAAACCAUAUCUAAUGUAUGUCUUUUUAGUGGCUGAAAUUCUGUCCCCUUGUCUACUGCCUUCAGUUGUCUACUGCCGGAAGUUAACUACCUUAACAUGUUUUAGAGAUUAUCAACACUUUAGAGGGGCUUUCAUAUGCUACUGUGAGAAGUUAACUACCUGGACAAGUUUUGGAGAUUAUCAACACUUUAGAGGGGCUUUGGCUAGUCUGAUGAUCCUAUUCUGUUUAUAGUUGAUGCCAGAUUUCAGCAGUCUCAAUAAUGGGCAUAUCACUGGUUCAGUAAUCUCUGCACACCAAACAUACUUCAUAUAUCUCGUAGAUAUUGUCUAUGUAUUGAUAUUUCAUAUGUGAGCUCAUGUUGUGAUCAAGUUUUUUUGGUAUCUUUUAAAGCUCUGAAUUCCAGUUAGGGAAUCUAAAAAUGUGUAUGGUUGUUAUGUUUCUAUGUGGUUUGACUAGAGAAGAUUUCUUAAAUAUCAAAACUACAAAUGAAUUUAUGCUCAGUAAUAUUGAUGGAUACUUCCUUGUAAAACCAUGUGUUUAUUGUAUAAGGCUGUUUAAAAAAAAUUAUCUUGUACCGGUUAGUUUGUAGGAACCAUAGGGGGGUUUUUUUGGUUGUUUUUUUUUUUUUCAUUACUGACUGGAUGCACAUGUCCUAGUGGUGGCUGAUAGUGUAACAUUUAUCAUCAUUUCAAAAGGAAUACUAGAGUGAAAUGUUUAUUGAAUGCCUUGUGGAUUUUGAGGUGUUGCAAAUUUCUAUGUAAAUGUGAGGUGUUGUGUAAUGCAAGGUGAAAUGUGAGAUGUUGUGUAAUGCAAAAUGAAAUGUGAGUUUGUGUAAUGCAAGGUGAAAUGUCAGAUGAUGUGUAAUGUAACGCAAGGUGAAAUAUCUGAUUUUGUAUAUGUGCUUGUACGCAAACUAUUUGAAUUUUCUAGUUGCAAAUCACAAACUAAUAUUUUACAUAUAAAUAUGUUUCUUUUUUUUUUUUGUCUUUUAAAUUUAAUUCACAUUAUAACUUUUAUCAUUACACAAUUUACAUAAAUAUAUUUUUGGAUGAUGUUUAGUUGAUGUAAGAUCUUUUUUCCCUAUCUAACCAAGUCAUCAUUCAUCCCUGCCUGUAUAUUAUCAUAGGCAAGGAGUAAAGUCUAAUUUUUUUACUCUUUGUAAUUUAAAAUGUAUCUUUGUAAAGGGGAUUAAUGUGAAUAUUACCAACAUUGUGCAACCAGAAUUUUUUUUUUUCUUGUAAGGGGGGGGAAUGUUUAUAAUGUUUUUUUUUUUUAAAGUUUGGGUAACACAUCUUUUUAUGUCAAGAUUAGGUUAAAUUGUGAAAAACACACAAAAAAGGUGGACGACUGUUUAUCAGGGUUUGCUGAUUUUUUUUUUUGGAGGCGCCUCGUUCGAUUUUUCUUCUGGUUAGGGGAUAGUCCCUUGGGACACAUUCCCUCCCUUGGACACUUUACGCUCUCAUACACAUUACUCAAUCUAAGUAAGAAAAUCGGCUGCACACAUUUCUUCUCUGAAGUUCAAUAUUUCCAUGUCCUAAAUGUUAAAUUAACUUUUGGGACUCGCUGAUCUUCAUUCAAGAUGUUAUGUAGUGAGGUGUUUAAAAAAAAACGUACUAUACUUCAAACUUUGCAAUUGGAAGAAAAUUAUAUUGAGAACGCCUGAUAUUUUGCGAACAAUGAUUUUAGGAUUUUCUGACUGAACCGAUAAAUUUUUCAAACCCAAAUGUCAAAUUAUUUGUGACUUCUUGAGAAAACCCCAGCAUCUCUGGUUUGCACACAAUGAUAUACAAGUUUUUUUUAAAGCCUAGUUUUUCUCCGUGUUAGAGUUUAGCAGUCAAUUGUCUUGUACAACUUCUCACAUCAUUUGCAUUGUCUCCAGUGUUAACUCAGCAAUGUGUUCUGAACUAUUGUCACGGCUGAUCUGUCAUGUGCAUCCCUUAAAUAUAUUUGUGUCCAUUUCAUUUACGCCUUGUCAGUGAAUAAUAAACUUUCCCAAUUUG